AUGACGAACCAGACAUGCUCCAAUUGCAGUGUUGGCUCGUCAAACGACAAAAGAUUAGUUGGAUGGGUCUGGAACAGCCCCGGUCGUGGCACAACGAAUUUGAUUACAACAUGCUUAGCCACAAUAUUUCUGUGCACCUGGGUUGUGAUCCAUCCCCGAGUCUACAAGCGAGAAUCUUACGUAAACCUUCAUAAGGUUGGGCUUUUCAUGAAGACAGUAUUUGCACCAGAGGUUAUUGCGGUGGAAGGACUUAAAGAAUGGGCACAGUGCCGCAGGAUACAAAGAGAAUGUGCCGAUUCCACAGAAGGCCAAUUCAAACUUGUCCAUGCCUUCUACAUCGGCAUGCUUGCACUGAGGUACCAAACACUGAAUGGUAAUCGUGUCAUUUGGCCCAACCAGUAUACCUGGCUACUAAGAAAAAACAUUGUUCGCUGGGAGGACCAUCCCACAUGGGGCCUGUCUCUUGAGGAUAUCUGCGACAAGAGCAAGUCUGACAACGCUGCAAAGCUACUGGCUUUGAUCCAAGUAAUCUGGUUCUCAGCACAAUGCAUGUUCCGUAUCUCUUGUCAUCUACCCCUCUCGCAGUUGGAGUCAAUGACCCUUGGCUAUAUCCCAUUGUUCAUCGUGACAUAUUUCUUCUGGUGGAAUAAGCCCAAGGACAUCAGAUCGCCAUCUCUUGUUAUGCUUCCGGAAAUGAGCCUGGAGCAAUUCAACGUUUUUGAUUCGAUGGCUGUCAGUAACAAGUUUGAUAACGAGGGGACGAAAAAACAAACGUCAUAUUGGAACAUGUGGUAUCUUACCCCACGUGUUUUUGAGAAGGUCGAAGAGGACAGACCUGUGCAGGAGGCCAGAACAAGAGCCCGAAACGGCCUAACUCAAACUCCAAUCGCUCAACCACCACCUGAAGCUACAGUCAACGAAAGCAGGAUUCGAGAUCUCGAAGAUCCAUAUGAGUCCCGUAAGGAUAUCGUCGUAGCUCAUUGGGAUCCCGACCUAUAUAGGUCAAAAAUCUGGCCCUUGGCGUGUCUGUUUGGGAUUUCAUUCGGCGCCCUUCACCUCGUAUCUUGGAACACCAUGUUCCCAUCAAUCGUUGAGUUGUGGCUCUGGCGUGCAUCUGCAUUCGUUUCAAUCGUGUCGAUGCUUAUAUUUAUGCACUUUGAGAAGGUCGUCCUCCGGUGGGAUGGCUUCUUGACGAUUUUCAGUCUCUCGUCACCGAUAUUUUAUCUUCUCAGUCGUAUUGUGAUGAUGACAGAGGCUUUUGCUGUACUAAGAGCAGCAGACCCGGUUAUUUACGAGAGUUGUGCUUACUGA